CAAACGAGAAAUACACGUACACUGUGUGUGACUGUGUGUCUUUGCGUACAGAAAAGCCACUUUCUUUGUUUUCUUCUCCUUCACAUAAAAAGAUCCAAAACGAGCCAAACAAUGGACUACGAUCGGUCUCUCCCUUCGAUGCCUCGAGACCUUAGCUCCAACUGUCGGAAUUUCGUCAGUUUCCGGCCCGGAGCGUUGAACUUCCGGCGUGUCUGUCAGUUUCCGGCAUAGUUAUUCCUCUGAUUACCCACCGAAUUUGCAUGAAAAACAAGGAGGCGUGAUAUGGGGCAUUUAUCAUCCAUGUUCAAUGGACUGGCAAGGACAUUGUCAAUCAAGAAAGGGAGGAAUUCUGGGAAUUAUGAGGGGAAAGAAGCUGCAGAAGUGAUGGCGAAGGAAGCGAAGAAGAACGACUUAAUAUUGAGGUCUUCAGGCACUGUUAACAUCAAUGGUUCGAACAAUUUUGCAUCACUUUUCUCCAAAAGAGGAGAGAAAGGUGUGAACCAAGAUUGCUUCAUCGUGUGGGAGGAAUUUGGAUGCCAAGAAGACAUGAUGUUUUGUGGGAUUUUUGAUGGGCAUGGUCCAUGGGGCCAUUAUGUGGCAAAGAGGGUUAGGGAAUCGAUGCCAUCAUCUUUGCUCCGCAAUUGGCAGGAGAUGAUUGCUGAAGCUUCACUUGACCCUGAUUUUGACAUUGAAUCAAAUAAAAAGUUUAAUCGGUUUAACAUAUGGAAGCAUUCCUACUUAAAGACUUGCGCUGCUGUUGAUCAGAAGCUACAGCAGAACCGCAAAAUUGAUUCAUUCUAUAGUGGCACCACUGCUUUGACUAUUGUCAGACAGGGUGACCUUAUAGUUGUGGCAAAUGUGGGCGACUCUCGUGCUGUAUUGGCUACCACAUCAGAUGAUGGCAGCUUGGUACCAGUUCAGCUUACUGUUGAUUUCAAGCCCAAUCUACCUCAGGAGGCGGAGCGGAUAAUUCAGUGCAAAGGGCGAGUGUUCUGUUUAGAUGACGAGCCUGGGUUGCACAGGAUCUGGCUGCCAAAUGAAGAAUGCCCUGGACUGGCUAUGUCCAGAGCCUUUGGGGACUACUGCGUGAAAAAUUUCGGACUUAUUUCCAUUCCUGAAGUGACACAAAGACACAUAACUAGCAGAGAUCAGUUUGUUGUGCUGGCAACAGAUGGGGUAUGGGAUGUUAUCACCAACCAAGAAGCAGUGCAAAUUGUAUCAUCAACGCCGGACAGAGCAAAGUCCUCUAAACGUCUGGUUGAAUGCGCUGUCCGUGCAUGGAAGCGCAAGAGGCGGGGUAUUGCAGUGGAUGAUAUUUCUGCUGUCUGUCUCUUCUUUCACAGUUCUCCUUCAUCUCAGCAAAUUGUCCCUGUUACUGCACCAAAUCUAUUGUAACAAAAAUAAAAGAAAGGGCAAGGUAAUUGCUCUUUCAAAUUCUCUCUUUUUUAUAUAUAAUAGUCUUUUGCUUUA